CCCGGGCCUAACCUGAUGAAAGUUGACAUCGGUCUGGUCGACAUGGCGUACACUGAAGUCAGGCAGAUGGAGGGCUACCCAUGGAUGUCUCUGAUUGGCGACAUCGGCGGAACUCUUGGGUUGUGCCUAGGUGGCAGUGUGUUAACAUUGGUGGAAAUUGUUGACGUCAUCCUCACGUGGGUUUUCUUCAGAGAUAAAGAUAAAUGUCAGCUCGAAACCGAAUUGAAGGCACCAGACAAGGGCACUGAUGAACGGACACAGUGCCCAUUAUAGAGCUCCCUGUGGUGGAAAUGAACACAUGAUUAUUUGGACUUGAAAUGAAGCUGAAAAUACGUCAGUUCCUCGGCAGUGUCUAAUAUACCUUUCAAUAUAUUCAGCGAUCACAUCUCCAAGCAAAAAGUCACAUUCAAACUAUGUCUCGCUGAGAAUGAACAGUGUCAAAGCAUACUUUAACGCUACAAUUGCACAGCUACCUUGUCAAAUCUUGGCCAGACAAUCUAGCAUCGAUCUACGCAAUUGUGAUACGAUAAUAUGCAGCAACCAAGAGAGCGCCUGACCAAGCGAUCCCGUUAGUGCCCUCUUACGAAAAGUAUGGGUUGCAGAAGACCAAUUCUAAACCGGAUCUUCACAAGGCACAUUUGAAGUCAUCUUGUUGCAUUUGACAUACAAAAACCCUUUCCAUUGCCACAAGAAAUCUCUUCUUAAAGCAGAGUCGAUCUUACUAUAGCAUGAGCAUGUGUUU